AUGCCGCCACCUACCGGAUUUCAACUUCGAACAAAUGUUGACUUUGCAAGCGUACGCCAAAAAUUACGUUCAGAAUAUGGCGCUACAAUCCAGUCUGACGGAGAACUAUCUCAAUCAAUCGCUGAAAUUGACAAGGACCUCGAGGCCUGCAGCAUCGAAAUUCAUCAUCUGCAAUCUAGCGUUAUCUUUUUACAAAAUCAACAUCGACGUUUAGAGAACUAUAGAACUUGUCUGCGCUCUCUCAAAUCGCCUAUCCGGAAACUUCCCAACGAAGUCAUGCUCCGUAUCUUCGACUACGCAUGCGAUAUGAACGAUGUCUUCGCAAAUAACAUCGAGGCCAUGCCCGCUUCAUCCAUCAGCAGCGUGUGUGCUCGCUGGCGAAAUCUCGCUAGAUCUCAACCUAUUUUAUGGUCUCGCAUACGCAUAGAAAUGGAGAAAGUUACUUCCAAUUUUCCCAUUUUCAAUCUAUAUCUCGGCCUCUCUCAAAAUUCGCCUCUUGACAUUGUGAUCACCGGUAAAUGGCCGAAGAAUUCCUUAGAGCUUUAUCAUAUCGAGCUAUGUCAAGCACUUGCUGAUCGCACUAAUUUAUGGCGAGUCUUCCGUGUACAACGAGUAGAGAUGUCUAUUGUCUUGUACCAGAUAUUCGUAGAUGGUGAGCAGCCUCGAUUCGAAUUGUUGGAGGACCUCGCGCUUCCAAAAAUCAUCGUUUGCCAUCAAUCGAUCCUUAAACAUUAUGAGAAUGCGCCAGCUCUGCGCAGUCUAAACAUCAGGACACUUGCUCCGAUCGAUAGCAUUACUUCUUCCCACUUUCCAUGGAGGAAAAUUGUCGCGUUCAGCUCUGCCCAUUUCCCAGACAGUGUAGGAACCCUGUUCAACCUGUGUAGAGACCUGAAAGAGUUACAUCUUGGUGAAGUACAUGAGAUACCUAGUCACCCGUGUCCCUCUCCCGUUACAGUGUCUUCCCUCGAAAAGUUGUCGUUAUCACUUAACCGAACUCAGCCUGAUCCGGAGAGUCUGGCAAACAUUGUUUUCUCCUCAUUAACGUGCCCUUCCUUAACUUCUCUUUCACUCGAAGAUACGAGUGGUUAUGGACGCCCAUUUCUGAUGGAGAAUCUACACACUUUUAUAUCUCGUUCGUCAUUUCACCUCGCGACACUAUCUAUCAAAUUCAUUUCAUUCAGUGAUCUCAACCUGAUUGACCUUCUAUGCUGUCUUCCCUCUCUCCUUCAUAUCAUCCUAUCCGACCCGGUAUCCAUUCAAGAUUGUGAUAAUCCCAUCACCCCAAGGCUUUUACAACGUAUGCACGCCUACCCUUGCAUGAACCCUGCUACCGUCUCUCCUGUGUUAGUCCCCAACAUGCAAAGCCUUUCGCUGACAUGUAACGGGUCUGUAGGCUUCAGUGAUAAAGACUUUACUGAUAUGGUAUCUUCACGGUGGUCCCCUGACUCCUAUUUUGCCGCGUACGGGAUGGAGACCUCAGAUGAUCCAUUCAGCAAAUCUGAAGGGGAGACAGCCUGUUUACGUUCAGUGGUGUUAUGCUUUACCAAUCGAGUGGUAGACAUGGAGCUCUAUAGGCCGUUGAAACAUCUAGAAGAAGCUGGUAUGAAGGUUGUUGUUACUGGGAAAAGUUAG